AUUGAUUAAAAAUAAAAAUAUCUGAUUGGUUGGUUCAGGGGAAAACUCCAGGCAUCGGGGGCUGUGAGUGGCUGUGGUCAAUCGCUGUGGUCAAACGGGACGCUCCCUUCUGCUUACCAGCGCGAGUUCUGAUUGGCUUCUGCUUUCUUGCUUUCUGCUAUUUUGCCAAGAAUAGCAGGUGUGAAUUUUCUUGAAGAGCGUGGUUAUCGAACGCAGCCCUGCUGAACGCGUUCAUUAUUUCUUCUGCAGAUUCCGCCAGCCAUGGUGUAAAUAGUGGUGUAACUUACACCAUGAGGCGUGAUAAUGACACGGAACGUCAUGGGGAGCACACGCCGCAACCGUCCGAGAGAUGCAUCAACAAUUCCAUUUUCAAUACCAUUUCCAAGAUCGUUAAUCCCACGACAAAGGUGCCAGAUAUACAGGAUUUUAAGAUAGUAAAGCCGAUAAGCAGAGGAGCGUUUGGUAAAGUAUUUUUAGGGUACAAGAAAACCAAUCCCGAGCAGGUAUACGCAAUCAAAGUAAUGAAGAAGAACGAGAUGAUAAAUAAGAAUAUGGCGUCGCAAGUGGUAAUUGAACGCAAUGCGUUAGCCCUGACUCGUAGUCCGUAUUGCGUGCAACUCUUUUAUUCGCUGCAGUCCAUCAGCAGCGUGUAUCUAGUCAUGGAGUACAUGGUGGGCGGCGAUCUCAAGAGUCUGCUCGGCGUUUACGGUUUCAUGGAGGAGUCCAUGGCGGCAUUUUACACGGCGGAAGUUUGCCUGGCGCUCGAGUAUCUUCACUCGCACGGUAUUGUGCAUAGGGAUCUCAAACCUGACAACAUGCUACUUUCACGCGAAGGACACGUCAAACUUACAGACUUUGGGCUCAGUAGGAUAUCGUCCUUGCACAGGGAUCUUGAAAUAUCGGAUCUAGUGAAUUCUAUGACGCCUAGCAUGUGCACCAGGACACCUGGCCAACUGCUCUCACUGACGUCCCAUCUGUCCUUCGGUUCCGGCCAAAAGUCCACCAACGAAUCGAAUCUCAGUGACAGGAGCACGCCAGCUAUGAACUUGCUUUCCGCGCUGCAAAGGAAUUGCAAUCUUAAAUCGGCAGAACAUAUGUCACCGAAUUCGGUCAUAUCUUCUGUCGCGUCCGGAGAUUAUUCUCGAAUAUCUGGCGUCACGCCCUUUCAAUCGGCGGAGGAUCUGCGCUUCGAGCCAAGUAACGAGGAACAAAGUAUAGAAGAAGACGACACAAUGGCAAAGUACGAGAAUGGUGUGGAUAGCUCUAGCAGCUACCACACAUGCGAGGCAUCCUCUACACAAACAAAUAAUCGUACCGAUCAGAUUAUAGAGGAGGAAGAGGAGGAAGAAAAGGACGAAUCUACGCUCGAGGCCGAGCACCCGGAGCAUCGGUCUCUCGUACAUACUAGUCCUGUGAGCACUUGCACGAAUUCAUUCGUGUUUCGAGGAUCAAAGAAGAGGAAGCGGGGCGGCGCGAGUGCAACGACGGGCUUAACGUGUGAGAUCGACGCGAUAGAUCUGGACGUGGAUAAGACACCCAAGAGAAACAAUCGUGACUUUAUGUAUCCAUAUACGAGUCCGACGAUCAACGUUGUCUCUACAAAAGCAGCGGAUAUUAUCGCUGGUUCAGCGGAAAACAAUGGUAGCAGGACACCGAAUCAGGACACCGAGCAAAAUACCGGAUCUGCGGGUAGGGUAGCCUUCAGCACGCCAGUAUCCUCUGCUAGACAAAGAGAUCGCAAUGAGAAGCAGCAGAAAUGCCAGGAAGAGGAUGACACGAGAACUUUGAUCAAGACGAGAUUUCGCCUACCACCGUCCGCUUCGCAUUCCGCUCACGAUCCGCACACGGAUUUAGACAACACGUCCGAGGGUCAUCGUUCGCCCCAGGGUAUUUCGCCUAUCAAGACACCCGCGACAUCGGGCAACUGUUACACACCCUAUAGAACGCCCAAGUCCGUCAGAAGGGGCGGCCAGGGUGGCGCUAGAUCAGACGAUCGCAUACUCGGUACGCCCGAUUACCUCGCCCCGGAAUUGUUGCUUAAACAGGGUCACGGGCCGGCCGUUGACUGGUGGGCACUAGGCGUCUGUCUGUACGAGUUCUGUACGGGCUUGCCGCCGUUCAACGACGAAACACCGCAGGCAGUGUUCGCGAAUAUUCUUGCACGUGAUGUUCCCUGGCCCGAGGACGAGGAGGCUUUGUCGUCGGCGACGACCGAUGCUAUCGAUGCGCUGCUCACCUUGGAUCAAGCUGCUCGUCCCACAGCGAAGGAGGUGCGUACCAUGGUCCUCUUCCGCGACUUCCCCUGGGACGAACCGUCGAAAGCGGUGCCCCCGUUCAUCCCGCAGCCGGACGACAAGUAUGAUACAUGCUAUUUUCAGGGUACGUCGCCCCGGUAUUAUAAUAUCGUCGUCGUUUCAGAAAUAAUACCGUGUAAUACAGGGAUUAAAAUUUCAAGUGCUGUAAAAUAUUUUGUUAGCAAAAUCUAUACAGUUUUAUUAAUAUGUAGCUGCUAGAAUGCGGAAAACAUUGCCAUUGCAUUUAGUAUGAACAAUAUUAUCGUCUAAUAAGAUUUCGAGUAAUUUAAGAAGGAACUUUAUAGUUUUCUAUUGCAGAGAAAGGUAUUUUAAAAUUAUAUUUUUUUAAUAUCAUUCUUACGCGGUAUUAUUUCUUGAAUCUUGAACUUUACCGUUUAUAGUAUUGGCGGCUAACAGAAGAAUUUUUUUUCUUUCUUUUUUUUCCAGCGCGGAAUACUAUGCAGCAAUUAAAUAUAAGUAAUUGCGAUACAUAGUCUUCGGCGUAUCGCAUGCAGACGUGGCAGAAACAGAAGCCUAUAAUAUCAA